GGUGGAGCACCACAAAGUUCCACCUCUUUUUGGACGCAUUAAAAGCGAAGAAGAAGCAGCAGCGCUCAGGGUGCGAGUCAUGCCACUGUAAAAAGCCCGAAUAAUUUCAGCGUGACUGCUGCAUCUCUAAAGCUUUGUACACAUUUGAGCAACAAUGCUCGUCAUGGACGUGGGAUUUUGAGGUCGGGGCGCAGGAGAUCUGCAGAUUUGAGUCGGCCCAGGAAGUGAGACGUGUAGUUGCCAGAUUGGCUCCCUCUUGUGUAGACAUCUUCAUCAAGCCCUGCAUCACAAUGGGGAAUGGGAACUACCGCCCCACAGCAGAUUUCUUCCAAGCUCCGACAAUGCCUUCAGAGGUUGAUCUGUCGGCCAUGGUCAUGUCCUCUGCAGCCUCCUCCUACAGGAUGCGGACAUCCUCAGUCGAAGUGGCAGGGCACCCAUCCCGGUCUAACGCAUUUGUCGUAAAGGACUGUGUGCAGAGGCCGUCUACUCCCUCUGAAUGGGCCGUCUUGAGUGUAGACAGCUCUAAAUCUCUGAACACAAGUUGCGAAGCGGGGGGCCAUGACGAGGCCCCGACAGUAAGAAUGUGCAGCCUGAAUAUGUCAAGGGCAUGGCCUUUGGAGCAAAGCUGGCAGGAGAGGGAUAGCGGACUGGAACCGCAGCCUGCAGCUGAGCAGUCAGAGGAGGAGCAAAGCCACACCCUGCUCGGCCUGAUGGAGCGCAAUCGCACCUCGAUGGGCCUCAGCCUCAAUUCGGAUGUAACUGCGAAAGCUGUAGAACUGGUCAAAGACUUGAUAACUGAGAGAGACAAACUAGCCGAGGAGGUGAACAACCUGCAAGAGACACACAAAAAGGAACUGGUCAAAGACUUGAUAACGGAGAGAGACAAACUAGCCGAGGAGGUGAACAACCUGCAAGAGACACACAAAAAUGAAAAGAUGGAGUGGCACGAGUUGGCGAGAGACCUGCAGGUGGCCGUGUCCGUGGCCGACCGGCUGCGUUUGGAAAAGGAGCAGGCCUUCAACAAGCUCCAAGAGGACCACUUGAGAUUGCAGCAGGAGCUAGCCGAGGUCCGCGAAAGGCAGCUUGAGACGCAGCGAGAGAAGCUGCGGAACACGAACGUGAGCUUCAUAGAAGACAAAAGCAGCCCUGACGAGUGUUAUGAGGUGAAAGCGCACGACUUCAUGGAGAACGUUGAUGUGGUCAGACACGAGGAGUAUGAUGUUAAUGACGAGAAGGACGCAAAAAGAUCACAGCUGACUGCCAGGGGUAUAGGAAAGGUCUACGUGGAUGCUCUGGAGAAGAAAAACGCAGGCGCGCGUGAGCAAAGGAGGAUUGUGAUGUCCUCUGAAAGGAAUAUUUCCCGUAUUCCAUUACCUGUUAACUCUUCCUGUUUUAAAAAUAACUUGAAUAAAACAAGUUCAACAUUGCCACUAUGCAAGAUAGAAGAGCCAACACGGGGGUGGAAGCAGUCUCAUGUUUUGAAGUACCAGGACAGCUUGUCAAACUGUCCAGAAGUGGUACUGGCGACUGUCGAAGAGCCUCAUUCUAAAGCAGAAGUUCUCUCCUAUGCGCCCAGACUGCAAAUGGAUGUCGCAUACACAAAGCCAACUCUUGAGAAACAAGAUGAAGACCCACCCUUAGAUGUCAUCAAACUUUGCGAUGUCCCGCGCACUCAGCAAUGGCCUCGCAGUGGCAUCAAAAUGAGCGACCUGCUUCCUUGGUGUCAAAGUCGCACUGAAGGCUAUCAGUAUAUUGAAAUCUGCGACUUCAACGACUGUUGGAGGGAUGGUUUGGCCUUCUGUGCAUUGUAUCAUUCCUAUCUUCCUAGUCUCAUCCCUUAUAAUAGCCUCGUCCCAGAAGAAAGGGCUAAAAAUUUGGAACUAGCUUUUACGACAGGAGAGUCUGUUGGAAUCCCAGCCACUCUGACCGUGGAUGACAUGUUGAAGCAUGAGACACCAGACUGGCACAAAGUACUCCGUUACAUCAAAAGCAUGUAUUAUCAACUUGAGAAGAGUGAGGAAUCGACAAUAUGAUUUCUGGAGCUGCACACUUCAUGUACCGGCUUCCUUCAUUACUUCCCAGUAUAACUUCGACAGUGUUUAAUUUGAUCUUUUUUCAUGACACUUGUCCCACUGGGUAAGACUUCGCAGUCAGGUUUGUCACACAGAAUGCACACAUCAUCACUUUUUUUUUUUUAAAUGACAAAUACAUAACUAUGACUAAAAUAUCACCUGACCUCCAACUUUCAUGUGUUUUGGCAGGCUUUGAAGCACUGGUUUGCACUACAGUUAUAUAUGAAAAUGAGCACUUUGAUGAAACCUAUUUUGGGGAAGAGGGCACCAUCCACUGUGAUUGUCACAUUGAUUGCUUGCAUGCAGCCAAACUUGAAACAAAACUCGAUUUUUAUGCUAUUUUUUUAAUUCCAUCUGUAUGAGGAACAUUUUAGGCAAGUGUGUGCAUAUUUGUUUUCAAGUUGUUGCCUGAUUACUUAUUGCAAUAAUAAAAGUACUGUAUAUCUGAACACUCACAAUGAAGCAAGUUUUAGUGAUUUCGAGAAAUUGUUAUCAGUUCACAACAAAAAAUAAUUACACGUGUUGGCACAUUCCCUUCAAAAUGUUAAUAAAAGAUUUUACAAAAUCCAUUUGAGAGAGCAAAUUGCA